GCCCCGCAUUCCGCCACGCUUGCACUCUCUCCCCUAUAUCUCCUCGGCCCUCUGUCCACGCCACGCAGCUCGUGUGCGCGGCUGCACCUCAUCUCCAAGGAGACUUAUGGUUAUUGGACUCUUAGAUGAAAACUGGGCGAAGGCGGCGAGGACGCAACGCGCUGGUGGCUGAUUGACGUCAAGUACUGAAGCGUUUCUCCCGCAGUUUGAAGUCACUCUCUGCAUCUUUAACUAUCAUGGAACACCUCCCGGACGACGUGUUGGUGGCUGUGAUGCAGUAUCUGGGCGUCCAAGACCUGUUUGCCUGCCGCCUCACCUGCAAGAGGCUUGCCAGCCUGGUGCUGCACCGGGACGUGUGGCGAGUUAAAGACAUUUCAGAUUCUGAGGGUUGUGUAUGCCCCGUGCUGCACCUCGCACCGUGCUUACGGAGAUUAUCUGUCUGCUUUCCGAAAACGAGAUGCAGAGACGCAUACACUUCGACCAGGUGCGCUGUAGCAGAAUUGAAAAUAAGUUUCCGGAAAAAGUCUGGUGCGAUGCACGCGACAGCGGUGAUCUGCAGGCAGGAAGCUCUCGGACGGCUAAAGAACAUUGGAAUAUUAUUGGAUAAGAAGACUGCUGACCUUGCUGCUGACGCGGACGAGUCCAUAUUGUUAAGGACAUUAGCUUCGACGUCCGGCUUGGUAGGGCUUUUAGUCUUUGGCAUAAGCCUACCUACCACGGCCCAAGCUAUGAUGGGCAUCACCGUGUCGACGCCGUCCCUACAGCGUUUCGUAUGUGAUCUGUGCCCCAACUCAGAGCACUUUGUAAACUUCAUUCUGGCCGGACACGCUUCCACUCUCGAAUCGGUGGCCCUAACUUGCUCGGCCGGUGUUGCUGGCCUAACCUCGACUGCGCCCUUGCUGGCCAGCCUGCCCAAUCUACGCGUCUUGCAGUCCUGGCACCUCGUCGGGAUGGGGGCAGUGGCAGCCUGUGAGAAGCUUAAUGAGCUGAGAAUCUUCGUGUCUAGCCGACGUGAAGAUGAACCUGUCGAGGGGGCUGCAGACCUCCUCCGACGCGCUAAGCACCUUAAAAAGGUGCAGCUAAGUUAUUUUCCCCCGGCCAGAAGCGCGGAGGACAUUGGUGUGGACCUCGUGACGGUCCUGGCCGCAGGUCGGUCACGGUCACAUCUGGAAAGUCUUUGCAUUGAAAACUCUCAACUUCGUUCCAACGAACAUCACUUCCCACAACGUGAAGCGCUCCUCCACGCCCUACCCUCACUGUCGGCCUUGGUUCACCUGAAGGUUCUCGCCGUGGUAGAUCCGGACGAGCUUUUGCUGGCCAUCAGGCCCGACAUGGUGCCUGCUCUACAACAUAUUGGUGUGCGCUUGCCGAGAGAGAAGUGCGCUCACGCAUGGAUCCACAGCCACACGGCCAGAGCAGUGCUAAAAGUGAACCCCUCGAUCCAUGUAAAGUUGGACGCGCUGACGCCCGCCUGCAGCCUCCAAACCUGUCAGGCGUGCGUACUUGGCUGCCACGAAGUAAUGAAGAGCCGAAAUCCUGACAAAUAUAAAAAAUAUAAACUAACGUCAUUUACUGUUUUCUCUCACGACCCGAUGGACAAAUGUGCCCAGAGCCACACAGUUGUCAAUGAAAAUACUCUCUGGAUUCACAUUCCUGUUGUAUAAAAUACUAUUCACAUUGUCUCUAAGGCAACUCCUAAAUUAUUCUCUCGUUUCGUUAGAUGUUAACUUGCAGCGGACGUACACACUUUGGGUUUCCAUGUUUUAUCUAGACCUUAAGUAUUAACAGGGCACUAUCUCAGAAGACUUUUCAUGUACCCUCUCUAACGACUUUUCUGUGUUUAAUUUCUUGUGUGAUUUUAAGAUUGUCAUCUCGUUUUUACGAUUCAAAGUGAAACGAAACGAAGUUUUACGAGUGACAAGUGUGAUUGAAAAAAUAAAGUGAUUUCUUGUUUA